AUGCCGCCCACAACGUUCGGUACUUUUCAGGUCUCGAUGCGCUCCCGCGUGAGAACCGCGCGCAGCGCCGGCGACCUCGCGGCGGUCAGGGCCCGCUCUGCGUCGCGCUCGAAAACCCCGGUCGCCGCGCGGACGGAGACUUGGACGCCCGUGCCGAGCGGACUCGCGGGCGACGCGAAUUCCUGCCGCCCGCUCCAGCAGUGCGCGCGCGCCGGACCCGACAACGGAUCGUCCGCAGUAUCCCUCGAGGCCGAGAAGCGACUCGUCAUGAUCUGCGAGAGCCCGCUCCUGAGCAACUGCGGCUUCACCACUGACCACAUCCGCGAGGAUUGGGGAACCUGGCUCUCGACGGCCGAGCAGAUCACGCAGCAGCUCGGGCUCAGCGGCGACCCCUCCACCUGGCCCGAACAAGCGCGCUCCCGCGUGUUCCAGUACUACCUCCCCGUGUACAUGUGGUGCGUGGGACAGAUCUCCCGUCACCGCUCCACGGGCGCGCGGCGGCCCCUCGUCAUCGGCAUCUCCGCCCCGCAGGGCUGCGGCAAGAGCACGCUCGUGGAGCAGCUCGAGCUCCUCCUCGCGUCCGCGGGCGUGAAGGCCGCGUCCGUCUCCGUCGACGACUUCUACCUCACGCGCGCCGAACAGGUGGCGGUGUCGGAGGCCGACCCCUCCAACCCCCUCCUGCAAGUGCGCGGCAACGCCGGCACGCACGACCUCGACCUCGGCCGGCGCACGCUCGAGGCCCUCCGCACGUGCACCUCCCCGGACAAGUCGGUCAAGAUCCCGCGGUACGACAAGUCGGCGCACGGCGGCAAGGGCGACCGCUUCCCCGAGGACGCGUGGCCGACGAUCGCGGGCCCGGUCGACGUGGUGCUGUUCGAGGGGUGGAUGGCGGGCUUCGCGCCCGUCGGCGACGAGGCCGCCGCGGCCGUGCACCCGGGCCUGGUCGCCAUCGACCGCCAGCUGCGCAAGUACGGCAGCAACUGGGACGCGCUCGUGGACGCGUGGAUCGUCGUGCAGGUGGACGACCCGGAGUGGGUGUUCAAGUGGAGGCUCGAGGCCGAGCAGCGGAUGGUCGCGGCGGGCCGGCCGGGGAUGGACGAGGCCGGGGUGCGCGACUUCGUCGCCAAGUACAUGCCGGCGUACAGGGCGUACCUGCCGGGGCUGUACCGCGACGGGCCGGUCGGGGCGCAGCCCGGGCGCGUGCUCAUGGUUGCGCUGGACAGCGAGCGCGGGCCCGUCGCGAGCCAGCCCGCCGGGCCGGUCCUGAAGACCGGUGCAUGA